AUGCCUAUUCCACCAGCAUAUCCAGAAACACAUUUAAAGAGGAUCCAAAUUCACUGGAGUGAUGGAGUAACAACUGGAUAUCCUCCAGCAUCGAGUUGUAAUCCAACAGUUAAUGAAGAUGGAACAUUUGAUUUUUUCCGAAAAAUAGCAACAGGAGAAAGUAAAGAUUUACAUUGGCGUAGGAAAUGUGCGGAAUAUUUAAGGGAACAGGCAAAAAUCCAGGCAUUUCAGGGCAUGGAUUUUGUUCUAGAUGCAUUUCCAAAGAACUACAAGCUUUAUGAGCAUUGUAAACGCUAUAAUGAUGCACGUCAAGAACGUAGAGAUACAUUUCUUUUUGGACAUCCUAAGGGAAUUCGUUUUCGAAGCCCUGCUGAGUUUAGUCCUCAUCUUUUAUGGAUUGCACAGAGCAAAACACAUGAGCGUGGAGAAUGUCCAUGCAAAUACUGUGGAGGUGACCCAAAAUCAUGGAACCGGAGAAAAAACGGCUCGGAUCAGAUGCAAAUUGAGUCUACUCAUGAUAAAUUAGAAAGAGAGGCGGACCUUUGCCAAGAAGGGGCAUUGUAUCGUCCAGGAGAAGUUGUUUGGAUGAUUCAGGAUAAUCCAAAUGACGAGUGGGUGGUUUGUAUUGUUAUUGAUCGAACAGUAUUGCCAUGUGUUCAUUUGGAUGGAGUUUCAUCGAAAAGUUAUAGUUAUCGUGUUAGAACUGUUAAAGCAGAAAAAAAAACGAUGCAAGUGCCUCAGUGGAUGCUUCGACCUUUGCUUUCGAGGUCUUUGAAUGGUAUGAAAGAUCUAGAGGAUCUUUGUGAAACUUGGUCUUUGUUUGGUUCUUACAUGUCUGGUGUUUCUCCUAAGAUUCAUUGUUACAGUGGUUGCUGGAUAGGGCCAGAAAAAAUAUGGAGAGGAGAUAUUGUUCGUUUUAAGAAAAAGUCGGAUCCUCAGCAGUUGUUUUCUAUUUUUGAUAAUGUCCUUGUUAUCAAUUCAAUAUAUAAAGAAAAUAAAUCAGGUAAUAUUUUAGUUUCAGGAAAUGCAUGGUAUUUUACAUCGACUCCAUGUCAAAUUGAUCCUUUACUUCAUAUACCUCAAAAAUUAGCAAAAGUUACUGAAGUUCUAAAUAUAUGCUUGGGAUGUAGUAAUACAAAAGAUAUUGAAUUUACUUGUUCUUUGUUUGAUAUUCAGGGACGCUGGUAUGAACCAUGGCUAAUACCCAAAGGAACAAUUCUUAAUGAAAUUAUUUUGAAACGGAAAAUUAAUACUCGAAAAGAAGCAUUCACAGGUGAAUUAAAUUUGAAUUAA